GCUCUGCCCCGCCCGGCCCGCGCUGACGUUGGACAACAAAGAUGGCGGCGGGGAGCAGCAACUACUGGGAAGAUCUCCGGAAGCAGGCGAGGCAGCUGGAGAACGAGCUGGACCUGAAGCUGGUCUCCUUCAGCAAGCUCUGCACCAGCUACAGCAGCUCCCGAGACGGAAGACGCGACAGGUAUAGCUCUGACACAACUCCUCUGUUAAAUGGAUCAAGCCAGGACAGAAUGUUUGAGACCAUGGCUGUGGAGAUUGAGCAACUUCUGGGAAAGCUGACUGGGAUAAAUGACAAGAUGGCAGAGUACACCAACAGUGCGGGCGUGCCGUCGCUGAACGCGGCGCUGAUGCACACGCUGCAGCGCCACAGGGACAUCCUGCAGGAUUACACACACGAAUUCCACAAAACCAAAGCAAACUUCUUGGCAAUACGAGAAAGGGAGAAUCUGUUGGGAUCAGUACGGAAAGACAUCGAGUCGUAUAAAAGCGGCUCUGGCGUGAACAACAGGAGAACAGAGCUGUUCCUGAAGGAGCACGAGCACCUCCGCAACUCAGAUCGACUGAUAGAAGAAACAAUAAGCAUUGCCAUGGCAACAAAAGAAAAUAUGACUUCUCAGAGAGGGAUGUUGAAGUCAAUACAAAGCAAGAUGAAUACCUUGGCAAACCGUUUUCCAGCAGUGAACAGCCUGAUCCAAAGGAUCAACCUCCGGAAGCGACGGGAUUCCCUCAUCCUGGGCGGCGUCAUCGGCGUCUGCACCAUCCUGCUGCUCCUCUACGCCUUCCAUUGAUGGCUGCUUCCCCCCUGGACUCUGCCAAAGCUCAUCACCACCUUCCCUCCUCCCAGCCAAGGAAAAGGGACUUGGGGGAAGCAUCAGACUUCCACAGCCUGCUCGUGGCUGGGGCUGUCAGCAUGAUGUCUGGAGCUUCUGAUGGUAGACACUGACACUGGGCUUGGGCUGAAGCUGCAGUGUUUCUCCUCCCCUGCUGUUCAACUUCCUUUGGGUUAAAUUUGGUGGGAUUUGUUUGUCUUUCAUUCCCUUUCUCACUGUAAGGUAAGUGCCCAUGGGAUGCUUAACCAGAACUGGGGGAACAGUUCCAGUGCUCAGCAGUGCUGGGGAGGUUUGGUGCUGGCUGGGGAGUGGGAGAGGAUUAAGUUUGCCUUGUGUGGAAGCUCAGCAGGAAGGCUUUUCCCUCUAAUCCCAGCCCAGUACUGAAUUUCACCCUGAGAGAUGAAUAUUGCAGCUUUAAGCCUUCAGGUUGCUUUACUACUAAAUACAUGUUCUGUAAUUCUUCUUAACUCCUGGUUGAGAUUUUAGUUAUUUCUGCAUAAUUCGUGCUGUGAAAACUGUGCUUCACACAAAUUCCUCAAAGUUCCCAAAAAAAAAAAAGGGUUUCUGUUCACUUUUUGCACAGAACAUGAAUAUGAAAGUACCCUCUGAGGGAGAUCAUAAGAUUUCUUGUGGCUUUAAAGGGACUGACAAAGUCCCACUGUGUAAAAAGGGAGCACAGUGUCCCAGCAGCUAUUUACUCAAGUGUUCAGUCAUCUGAAAAGUGACCAAACAUGAGUUCACCUGAAGGAAUCUUUUGGGUGCAAAUACUUUCAUUUUGGCUGGCAUCAUAAAGAUCUUUAUAAAGACACAAGAAGCAGUUUACAAAGCCUAUACUGUAAUUUAGGUGAAGUUAUUCUGAUAGUGCAGGUAAGAAGGAUAUGAAAUAAACUGUUGAUUGGAAAUGAAAAUGAUGAUGGUUAUAGCUGAGGCAAAGGUGUCUGUGAGCAAAGGUUUUGGACAUAACUCCUCCUAGCAAAGAGCUGACUGUAUGAAUAGUGAAACAAGUGUUAUUUACCAUUAUCUGGGAGGGAAAAAACUUUUUCUUGGUCUGGACAGGCAAAAAGGACCCUGUUGUUUGUCUGUAAACAAAGCUGACAUCUGCAGUGGCUUUGAUGCUGCAGCUUCCCAGAUUACAGCUUUUUCUGCUCUUUCAACAGCACUUUUCCAUCUGUCAUAUCAUAACCCAAUAAAUUCAAGCCUUGGCACUGAAAUACCUUUCUAAGAACUUGAUUAACUCUUUUCACAAUCCACUUAGAGUGCUCCUAACAGAUUCCAUGUAUUCCAUCACCCCCAAAUGUCACAGAGUCCCCAGGUUCUCCUCUGGAGCAGAGUCCAGCGGGAUGGACACAAUUUUUUACUUCAUUUUAUAGUGCCUGUGAGUUGGAGGGAAUAGAGACUUGUGUAGUGUGCAAACCCACACUAUUACACCCAAAAUGUCUGGAUUUAAAGGCUUCUUUGCAGACUUAAUAACCCUGUGCUAAAAAGUCAACAAGGGCUUCUAAUCAGCCAUCCUGCCGUUGGGAUUUGGAAGCAUUUGGAAUUAAGAUGUGUAAAACUGUGGGGCUUGUAUUUGAAAUAAAGGGUGAUUAUUUGGUUGAUUUGGGAAUGUUCCCAUUUGCAGAUGAAGUGUUUAUUAAGGGGGUUUAUGAAAAAGCUUGAUAGAUGAAGGAGGGUUAUUAAUGGAUCUGUGUGUUGGGAGAUCAAACUUCUCCCUGUUGCCUUUUCUUUGAUUCCUCCUCCACCCUAAGGGACCCUGAUCAGCACUUGUGCAUCUGUUUAGGAUUUGUAGGAUUUGGUUGCUCUAUAGUUGGCAAUAUAAGAUCUGCAGUACCAUAAAUAAAUUCAUUUAUUUAAUCUUAUAACAAGUCUUUUUAUUGGACUUAACUGAUUAUUUGGUGCAUAUAUUUAAUCUUAUUGUGAAAAAGCUGCUAUGAAAAAUAUGUAGAUUAUAAUAAAUAUGUAAACAUAAUUGAUUUUUCAUGUUAUGAAAAUGCUAUGGAGGAACUGAUAUAUUUUAGUAUAAAAUAAUGGAAAUAUGCUGAAUUAUCUCUGAUAAAGCUUUACUGGAAAUGGUUUCGGUGUUGGCAGCCCCUCCAUGGUUUUUGUUUGUGCUGGUUUUGAGUCAGUUUUGUGUUGAAAAAUACAUUUAAUUAUCUUUGGAGUUUUCCCUUCAUCAUCAUCUGGCAGCGUGUCGUGCUGUGCUCCCUGGAGGGAUGUGUUUGCAUCUGGCCCAGGGAAAGACUUCCAAAUUCAGGAGAAUCAGCCUCAUAAUUCAUCUCUAACAGCCUGGACCUGUGCUCAGAACAAUGGACUGGAAAAUGAACCCAGUGGAUUGUAGCAUUCUGCCUCAAAUCCCAAAAUACAGGUUUGUGUGUCUCCUGUUGCUAAAUGUGUUCUUGGAGUUUUUCAUUCUAUGUGGUUCCUCCUGCUCUGAGGAAAAAAGAUGUGGUUAAAGAAUUCUCAUUCCUGCAAUUCCUGCCAAAGUGGUGGUUUCCUAACUCAGCCCAACAGAAGUGUGCUAAGAAAAUCAUUGCUGAGCACUGAAAUGAAGGGGGAAAUCCAGGGUGUUGUACAGGAAGUGUUUCACACACACACAGACACUCUUUUUCAAUUUCUGCUUCAUUCUUCCUAGCAGAGAAGCAGCUUCUGCAAACCUGGCCAGGCACUGGAGCACAAAGGAUCGUGUUGGUGACAUUGAUGCCACACUUCACACGGUGGGAAUAUUUUUAUCCCUGUUCUUUAGUUUAUUUUUCACCUGUUCAUCAGAUCUUCAGUCUCUGGUUGCUGCAGCAGAGCAAUGGCAUUUGGGCAACACCCAGACCUGUGUCCUCAGCUGUAGCUUCUCCCUGGGGCACUGCCAGGGCUGUGACCUUCCCAGGCAACAUUUUUUUCUUAACCAGUAUUGAUUUCAGGAGUUGAGCAUAUCAAAGUGAGGUAUAAAUUACUGCUGGAUUACUGAGUAAUCAACAAGAAUUUUCAUUUCUAGUUCUCAAGUCCUUUUGUUGCGUUAAGAUUAAUGUGAGAAGAGUCAGUUCCUUGCUGGAUGUUGAAAAUGAAAGAGCAAAAGUAGAUUUUUAGGUGAUGUGAAAGUGUCAGGUGAAAUGUUCACUGCUGUCCUGCUGUGUCCCCUGAGGUGCUGCUUUCCCAGAGCUGCUGCACAGGGAGCUGAGGCUGCUCCACCCUUUCUGAUGGUGCAGCUCAUUUAGUCACAACUAAAUGAGAGCUUUAACUCUCUAAAUGUAGCAACUUGUUUCCCAAGAUCACUUGAGACAUAACCUUUUCCUAUUUUUACCAGUUUUGUCCCAAAGCUUUCAUUUGAGACAGGAAGGAGAGGGUAACAGCUGUCAGUGCAGAAGGAGGAAAUGGUUCUGGAAUUCCUUAUAGCAGAAUUGGGUUGUGGAAUGUGCAGGACAGGAGAGGCACAGUGAGAGGCACAGUGAGCCACAGCUGAGCCAGGUUACAUCUCCAGUGCCCUCUGUGCCCUGCACCUCUCCUGGCACUGCACAUUUGAACCAGUUUCAACCAGAACUCAACCAUGUUUGAGUUCUGAUACAGAAGCAGCUGUUGGUCUGUGUGCUACUGAGUGAGGAAAGCAGUUAAACAAACACUCUGCACCCCAAACAAAGCCCUUUCUCACAAAACAUCCCAUACCUUGUAAAUGAGUUUCUGAUUGCACUUUCUGAUUUUUUUUUUCUUUUCAUACACGUUCUUGAAACUUCUAUUGUAACUGUAAUUAUUUUUGUUCUCACCUAUUGUGCAUUCUCUGUAUGUAUUAAAUUUAAAAAAAGGCUUUGAUAUGUAAUUUAAUAAUAAAUUAGAAUUCUAAGCAA